GCAAUAGCUGUUGUAGGGUUUUAUGAUUGUGAUUGACUUUGACAUUUGUGCACGUGCAGCGAAGCGAUAUUGACUGAUAUUUGAAUAGUUCUCGUUUUUCCAUCGAAAUAAAUUUAUUUCUGCAUCCAAGUGUUCCCAACUGCAUUUAAAUUUGACAAAACAAUGAGUAAAAGUGUUAGUGCAAUGGAUUUAGACGAUGAAACGGUGAUUAGUCGUGUUGGAGCGUGGAAAAACAAAGAUGAAUUUAAUUUGGUGUACGAUUGGUUAUUCGGAUCGACCAGCAAUGUUGAAACGAAACAAAUGGCAUUAUCUCGCUUAAAAUUAUGGAAGAUGCGUCGCGGUAAUUUGACUCCGGCCAGUGUGCUCAGUACAUUGUCAAUAUUGGAUAUACAAUUGAAAGAUAAAUGCGAGAAGCGAUUUUCCGAUGAUGAACUUCGGUCCAUGUAUUCGAAUGCAUUUACACGUUUCGUCAAUUACAUGUCGUCCAUAAUGCGUAGUCGAACCGUACAAUCGAUGUAUUCAACGGCCCGUGAACUGGGCAUCGAACCAUUCUUGGUGGAUUUACGGCAUUUGUGCGCUCACGGUCAAGUGUUACCAUCGUUGGACAUUUUGCGACGCACCACCAACUAUUGCAUGAAUUGGUUACGCGAAUUUUAUUGGGAUCGCGAAAGAAAUGUCAUCACCGAUGCCAUUGUACGGGAUGUGCACCUGAAGAGUACACUGGAGCUGGAAGCAUCGAUUGGUGAUUGGUUCAAUUUGUACGAUGCAUCGACGGAGGCAUUGCUUAGAGGCUGCAAGAAUAUUGACGAUUUAACCAAUGUCAAACCGGAUGAACGACUUACACACGCAUGCAUCGAACAACUGCAACAAUGUGCGCAACAAAUUCGUAACAACAAACUGUCGUUCAUUGCAAACAAAUCCAUUAAUCAGUUGGCUCUGCUGUCUAAUAGCAAUGAACGCGAUCGUGGUGAUGCUCAAAUCUAUUGUGAUGUUCUAUUCGAUUGCCAAUAUUUUAUGAAACGAUCAGCCGAGUACUACAAAACCAUGAAUAAAGAGGAAAAGUCGAAAUUCAUUGGCAUUCACCAGAAUCUGUUCCGAAUGUUUGCCAUUUGUGAUUUUAUCAAUGCCGUUUUUAUGCGACUGUUGAACGUUUGUGAAGAUGAUUUGGAAGAGGAAUAUCUGAGGAAAGCGGCCAGUUUUUGGACCAACGAAAUUGCCACCGGGUUUUUGGUGUUUAAAGAAUUCAAAAUGUUGUACAAAACCAAACGGGAAAAGAAUUCCAAAUUCGACGUCGAUAUGGCACCAAUUAAUACGGAUAUUAUGACCGAUGACAUCAAGAAGAUUUACAAAGAGCUUGGCGUCAAUUAUCGCGGCACAUUGAUUUUCGGCGACACAGUGCGACGACCGUGGUCACUUCAAUUUGACAGCGAUUUCCUCAUCGAACGAUCAACAAAUAUCAACGAAUACACCGUUGACAUUGUCAAAAAAUGUGUUAAAUUGAUUGAGCCAUCACUGAGCAAAACACAGACACAGUAUAUUGAGCGUUUACUGUCAAUUUAUUUGGAUGACGAGUCGUCAAAAUCGAGUCCAUCAACUGAUGAUGGUAAAAUUCACACGCUUGAAGACUACACGCCCAAAUCAGUACCUUGUUCAGUUGAAACGUCCGAUGUUGAAGGAUCCAUUUGGAAACAAACACCAGACGGUCCCAAUUGGAAGUCGUGUCCCAUAGGAAGUUUCCCAUGAAGAGAGUAAAAAAAAACGCAUCGUUCUAUAUUUACUGACAUUGACAUUGUUCACGGCACAAAAAUCUUGCGAUAACAAUAAAUUGGCCAUUUUGUAAUCGAAAUAAA